AAUAUUAUUUAUAAAUAACAUUGUGAUUAUUAUUAUAAAUAAUUAUUUGUUAUAUCCUAGAAAAGUGUGUUUCCUUAUAGAAUUUUUCACUUUUUGGGUAUAAAAUUAAAAAUUAUUGUUGGUGUAUAUUGGCGGGGAAACAUGUGAACAACAAGGGAAUACCUACCUAACCCUAACCCAUAUAUAAAUAAUAUGGUAUAUGCAUAGAUUUAUAAUACUCUAUAUAUCUAUGGGUAUAUGUAUAUAGGGUAUAGAUAUGCCCUAACCCCUUUGAAGAAAACCAAGAAAAAGAUUGUCUCCAAGAGAACAAUAUGGAAAUUAUGGAGGCACCAAAUGGACCAUCAUCUCACGAAGAAAAUGACACGAAUCCACGUGCUGAAGGAAAAACAGUAAAUAAAAAUAUAAAAGUUGUGGACAAACAUUUGAGAACACACAUGGGAAAAAAACCUCACAAGUGUGAAAUUUGUUUUAAGCAGUUUUCUACAGCAAGUUAUUUGAAAGUACAUUUGAGAGUGCACACUGGGGAAAGACCUUAUAAGUGUGAAAUUUGUUUUAAGCAGUUUGUUAGAGCAGAUCAGUUAAAAGUACAUGUGAGAAAGCAUACUGGAGAAAAACCCUUCAAAUGUGAAAUUUGCUUUAAGGAGGUUAGUACAGCAAGUUAUUUGAAAGUACAUUUGAGAGUGCACACUAGGGAAAGACCUUAUAAGUGUGAAAUCUGUUUUAAACAGUAUAUUACAGCAAGUCAGUUGAAAGUACAUUUGAGAGUGCACACUGGGGAAAGACCUUAUAAGUGUGAAACUUGUUUUAAGCAGUUUGUUAGAGCAGAGCAGUUAAAAGUACAUGUGAGAAAGCAUACUGGAGAAAAACCAUUCAAAUGUGAAAUUUGUUUUAAGCAGUUUACUGAUCGCGCUUACUUAAGACAACAUUUGAGAGCGCACACUGAAGAAAAACUGCACAAGUGCGGAAUUUGUUUUAAGCAGUUUACUACAGCACGCUAUUUGAAAGUACAUUUGAGAGUGCACACUGGGGAAAGACCUUAUAAGUGUGAAAUUUGUUUUAAGCAGUUUGUUAGAGCAGAUCUUUUAAAAGUACAUGUGAGAAAGCAUACUGGAGAAAAACCCUUCAAAUGUGAAAUUUGCUUUAAGGAGGUUAGUACAGCAAGUUAUUUGAAAGUACAUUUGAGAGUGCACACUGGGGAAAGACCUUAUAAGUGUGAAAUUUGUUUUAAGCAGUUUACUCAUUACGCUAAUUUAAAACAUCAUUUGGGAGCGCACACUAGAGAAAAACUGCACAAGUGCGGAAUUUGUUUUAAGCAGUUUACUACAGCACUCUAUUUGAAAGCACAUGUGAGAAGGCAUACUGGAGAAAAAUCCUUUAAAUGUGAAAUUUGUUUUAAGCAGUUUAGUACAGCAAGUUAUUUGAAAGUACAUUUGAGAGAGCACACCGAAGAAAAACCGCACAAGUGUGGAAUUUGUUUUAAGCAGUUUACUAGAGCACGCUAUCUGAAGACACAUGUGAUAAUGCAUAAUGAAGAAAAACCCUUUAAAUGUGAAAUUUGUUUUAAGCAGUUUAGUAUUGCAAGUUAUUUGAAAGAGCAUUUGAGAAUACAUACUGGAGAAAAACCAUUCAAAUGUGAAAUUUGUUUUAAGCAGUUUGCUAAUCGCGCUAAUUUAAGACAACAUUUGAGAGCGCACACUGAAGAAAAACUGCACAAUUGCGGAAUUUGUUUGAAGCAGUUUACUACAGCACGUUAUUUGAAAGCACAUGUGAGAAGGCGGCAUACUGGUAAAAAACCCCUCAAAUGUGAAAUUUGUUUUAAGCAGUUUAGUACGGCACACUAUUUGAAAACACAUGUGAGAAGGCAUACUGGAGAAAACCCCUUCAAAUGUGAAAUUUGUUUUAAGCAUGUUAGUACAGCAAGUUAUUUGAAAGUACAUUUGAGAGUGCACACUGGGGAAAGACCUUAUAAGUGUGAAAUUUGUUUUAAGCAGUUUACUGAUCGCGCUUAUUUAAGACAACAUUUGAGAGCGCACACUGAAGAAAAACUGCACAAGUGCGGAAUUUGUUUUAAGCAGUUUACUACAGCACGGUGUUUGAAAACACAUGUGAGAAGGCAUACUGGGGAAAAACCUCAUAACGGUAAAAGAGUGCACACAGGAAAAACACCUUACAAGUGUGAGAUUUGUUUUAAGCAAUUUUCUCAAACAAGUACUUUAAAGAAUCAUUCGAAAAUACACGCCAAAGAAAAACUUUACGAAUGUGAAAUUUGUUUGGAGGAAUUUCGCGAACGACGUAAUUUGAAAACACAUUUGCAGGUGCACUCUAAAGAAAAGUCUUGAUAAUUGUUUUAAGCAGUUUGUGGGGCAUAAACUUGAAGAGCCUACAGUAGCGCGUCAUCAAUAUAACUUCAGGAGAUAGUAUCAUACCUUUUUUCGUAAGGUCUGCGAAACUUUGGCAACAGUGGCAGUAUUGGACAUUAUCUAAGAUCAAUAUUUUGGCAUAAUACUCAUAGCCGCGCUAAAUGGAAGUAAUAGAAAACACUUUUAUUAUUAGUAAAUAAAUAUUUAUAGAAAUAAACCAAAAUGGGACAUUUUAUAUUAACAUAGGUAUUUGCACGUAAUAAUAAUAAAACAAUAAUAAAUAGUCAUUUGGUUAUGAAGCGAAACAAGAGCCGUCUUAUUUUAUUUAGUUCAUAGAGCGUAAACGCACUCCAACUAGUUUUAACCCUUUUUUUAAAAUGGAACUUUAAAUGAACUUUUCCCAUUUUUUUAAACUAUUGAUUAUAUUUUUAGAAUAAAAAAUCCAACUAAAACUUUAUAUACUCACAUUAGAACUCGAAAUAUUUUUACGUAAAUAUAAUUACCUAUACGCUCUGAGCUUCGCUGGUGUCGCUCCUAGCGGAUUACUAAUGCAACUUUCACCGGUAAUUUUUAACUAAUUUUAACUAUUUACAAUGGGAAAUAAGCCACAAUAUUAUUAAAAAAUGAUUUUUAUUAACGUUUCGACGCCCAAAUCGGGUGCCGUUGUCAAAAUACAAAAUACUACUAACAUAAACAAAAAUGUUGCUUAUAUCGGCAAUUCAGGUAAUAUAUAUCGGUAAUAUCGGCAAUCGGCAAUUCAGGUAAUUUUUAAAUUUGUUAUUUUUGUUAUCGCUUAAUAUUUACAACGCAAAAAAGUAAUUAAAUUGUAAUCGAUUUUCUAAAGAUUUUGCUAAUCAUUUUAACGUUCUAUUCAUGAAAUAUUAAUUUCUUACUUCGGAUACUUUCACAAUUAUCGUGUAGAUGGCGCUUAGAUUAAUUUAUAAUUACAUAUUACGAAAUAUUAAAAAAAUUUAAAAAUUCAGUAUUUAAAACGUAAGUAUAUUUAAGGUAAAAAUAUACACCACAGCUUUGACCAACUAAUAUUAUUCCCUAUUAAUGUUUUUAAUUUCAAUGUUUUAAAUUAAUCACUUUGACAUUUAUGUCAAAUUUCCAGUAAACGCUUACAGACUUGUCACUACUGACGCUCGCGAAUUUUUAAUUAUCCCCUCUACCUACGAGCUCACAGCGUAUAAGUAAAACUCACAAUUAACAAUAAUCUAUUUUUUCAAAUAGUCCAACAACUUAGUUCUACUACACAAAAAUAUAAUAAAUUAAUUAUAAAAUAAACACUACUUCCCUAUGGAUCAACACUAACGAAUUCUUAAAAUAAUAUACUACUGCACUUAACAGAUAUCGAUACAGAUAAGAGAAUCGUGCUAUUACUUGGGAAUCUAACGCAGGUUUGUCAGAAUGACAGUCACUAUUUCUCUAUGUUGACUAAUCAGUUAUUUAGUUAUAUGUUCGAUUUCUUGUUAGAGAUAAAAAUUUUUAGUAGUUCCAAUAUGACACAAAAUCUAGGCAUGGGAUAAAAAAGUUUAUUUGAAGAAAGUAUAUUUUUUGUUCUUCUUAAUGGCGGUACAGGCUCGUUUUUUUAAUAUUGUAUUUAGUUAUGAGUAAUUUCUACAUACUAACAUAUUUCUCAAAUUGUGCUCUGUACUGCCAUUCUUUACUAUAUUACGAAUAUGUGUGCCAAAUAUCUCGACAAAAUAUUUGCAAAAUUAAAGCCGCAAUCUUGGAACGCGUUUUCCGUUUUGAUGACGCGCCACUGUAGCCUCAAGCAGUUUGUGGGGCAUAAACUAAAGAUAUUUUGUUGGAACAACUAGAUUUACUAUUAGUAUUUAACCCAUUAACACGUCAUUACACACACACACACACACACACACACACACACCGCGGCAAUUUGCCGCAAGUUCCAUAAGUCUCGAAAACACGUCACAUCAUUUGUCACGUCACAAUUUACACAAUUGAAUAAUAUUUGGUUAAUUUUAAGUCGCUUUAGUAUAAGGCGGCAAAUUGCUAACGGGCGUGUACUUGCGAAACAAACAUGGCGCGUGUAAUGACGUGUUAACCACCAAGGUAUGAUAAACUAAAAGUCAAGCAAUUAGGAAUGCACGUUGAUUUAAUGACAUCAUAACCCACCGAUACAAACUUGACGGCAAACAACUUCAACAAUUUUUUCCUCAUAUAUUAGUUUUUUCGCUACCGUCAAGUUUAUCAGGAAAGCGCUGUUGCCAAAUAAAAAACAUAUGAAGGGUACAGGCAAAGAAGGUGCUGUCCACUCUCUGCUAAUACCACUCUCGACCCACUCGUCAUCAUCAGAAAUAUCCUGUUUUGGCUUCUCUUUCAAUAGACGUUUUUGUUCUCUUGAAAUUUUUCUUUGGCUUUUUUUCUUCUUCUUUCUUUUUCUUUUCAUUUCCUUUCUUUAAGUGAUAUUCUCACACCGCUUCCAAUGUUACCACUGAUGGAAUAUUUUCCUUUCGUUUUCCCUUUUUUGUUUGAGGUUUUGGGUCUGGCUAAAACAGUGCUUUCUUAAAUGGAGUAGGAACUUUGCAUGGAUUCUCCAAGUGUACAUGUGAUGUACUUGGUUCAGGAUUAUUAAUAAAUCUUUUCUCAGUACCAGACAAUAUACCUAUCUGAGCUACACUUGGACAUUUUUUACUGAUGUGCAGUGAGUUGGAAAUAUAGAAAUAUUGUUUUGGAUAGUAUUACAUUUAAUUUGGGUUGGUAGGGUUUCCAUUGUCCAAUCUUUCCAUAUGUUAAAAAGGGAUUUACCCUCAAUAAAUAUUAAUGUAACCUAUGAUUGCCACUUUAGAACCAGUGAUUGCCACCACUGGCAAUAACUGAAGGGUUAAGGGAAAAAACAAGGAACGUCGCACGUUAUCGUUGUUUUGAGAAAAUUGGAAAUUUAAUGUUUGUGACUACAUAUCUUUAAACCAUUACACUGAAAUUACAUUAAAGUACAUUGUAUUUUAACCAAAUUUUUAAAGAACGGACAUAAAAAAAUUAAAAAAGUACCUAACUACAAAAAUAAAAACUGAAAAAAAAAACAAGGACUGUACAAACAUCACGUUGUAUUUGACAUUAUUGACUUUUUGCGAGCAGCCUUUUUAAAAUUAUAGAAUGUCUGUGCCUUACGAACUCAUUUUGAAUUGUUAAUUUACGAAUUUCUGCAGCAACCUUGUCAUAAUUUCAUGAUUUUAAUUUCGUCUGGAAUUCAUCACAUGCUGAACAUGUGUCUGAUCUUGGGUAACCAAAGGACAAAUUAAAUUCCGUGUUAAAAAUUUACCGAUAUGUAACGUAAGAAACUUUAAUGGUCGGAUGUUUUUCUUUGAACAAGUUGAACAUUUUUGUAAUGUUCAAACUCUCUGGUAAAUAGUACUUUUUCUUAGAUUCGUGUAAACUGUGAUGGGAUAAUCUAGUGUUGAAAGACUUUAUGUGGUUAUAUAUUGUUUCACGCGAUUCUGGAUGUAACUUUCUAUACUGGGAACUAUGCUUACCACGUUUGCCUUGUCCAGAAGUUCCUGUAGCUUUUAAAUUUUUUUGUAGGUGUUCAAUUUUGCCCUUAGUUACACCAUGUAUUGACAUGAAUGCUUUAAAACACACACUCAUUUCUUGACAAACUUCAUUACGAUUAACUCUAACUUUAUCGGCCGUGCCGUUUCUAACACUUCAGGCUUUUGAGCUAUGGUUGUACAGAAGAAUCCUGAAGAUACCAUGCACAGACAAAGUCACCAAUGAAGAAGUACUACGGCUACGGAGGAUGAACACAACCGCAGAUUUAGUCAACAUCGUGAAAGGCCGUGCUUGGGACUUGAGAAGUCAAGGCAGAUACGAGCUACUCCAAUGCAGUUUACAAGAUAAAAUUGAAGGAAAAAGGGCCCCAAGACGAAGAAGAAUAUCCUGCCUUGCUAACCUGAGAGCAUGGUAUAGAAAGAUCUCAACACAACUAUACCGUACAGCAACCAACAAAGUCAUCAUCGCCAGAAUGAUCGUCAACGUUCGGAACGGACAGGCACCCCAAGAAGAAGAAGUAUUUAACAAACAUAAACAAAGGAAACUAAACGAUUAAACUCGAAAUCAAAACGUAGUUAAUUUUUGUUUUUGUUCAAGUGGACUCUCCUUGUUUUUAUCUUUCACGCUUGGACAUUUCCAGUUUUUAUCCUUCGCAGUACUAUUUUAAAUAGGCAUAUUUAUUAACGGUCCAAGUUAUUAUCUACCAGUCUAUUGUAAAUAGUAAAUACAUAAAAUAUCUGUUAGAUAGUGUCACUAUCUCAAUUUCUUAUAAGGUGUGACAUUCCCUGUUUUUUUCCUUCACCCUUCAACGGGUAAAAGUAAAGUUUUUGCAAUAAAAAAAGUAGUGGCAACACCGUAAUUUUAAAUAGUAAAUUUACACACUGUAUUGUAUUAAAAACAACCCAAAUAGUGUAGUAUAGUUGAUCCAAAAGAUGGCAUAACCCAGACAUCCAAAGUGAAAGUUAUCCUUCAACCCCAAAUUGUUCUACCGGGUGGUGAAUUGGAAAGCGGGCCAUAGGAAACUCAAUGUAAAAUUCUAAGCUGUUAAAUUCCUGCUUCCCUAAUUAUUUUACAUCAAAAGUCAUCAGAAACUAUUUGUAGAGAAUUGAAUUCUCUAUUGAAAACAACUGUUAAUAUUGUUCUAUGAACAAUAAUUAUUCAAAAUUUUGUAAAAAUAUAAUACAAUUUUCAGAGUAAUACGCCAAAGCUAGGCCACACACAAUACAAUAAUGUGUAUAAGAUUGCAUUUGUUGACAAUGAAUUUAUUAUAUUAACAAUUAGAACUGUCAGUUUUUUUAAUUAUUUUAUCAUUUUUUGUUUAAAACACAAUAAAGUUGAUAAGAUACCCUUAGUUAAGGAGAAAAUAUUAAUAAUAAAGAUAUUUUCUUCAGUCAAUAAUGUGCUCACUGUCAGUUAAAUAGUAACGUAUGGCCUAACAUACCCACACAUACCUACUGCGGUAAAUACAUUAUAUUUUUCAAAAUUUUGGAAUGUGUUUAAAUCGUAGAACAAUUGUAACUUCUGUUUUUAAUACAGAUUUCAAUCCUCUACAAAUAACUUCUCAUGACUUUUGAUGUAACAUAAUUAGGGAAGCAGGAAUUCAACAGUUUAGAAUUUUACAUUGAGUUUCCUAUGGCCCGUUUUCCGAUUCACCACCCGGUAUAUGGUCCACAUAAUGUCCAGAAAAAAGUCACACCAUUUUGAGCGUCGGGUUUGCUAAAUUGCUAAAUUUAAUUUUUUAUAAAUUAUAAACAAUUAAAUAUAUGUAUUUGUUCUAUAAAAUAUAUUUCAAUAUCAUUAAACCUUUUAGAAUUAAAACACAUGAAGAAUUUUCUAAAAAAUAUAUUAGUAAUAAAAAAAUUUCUAAAUGUUGCGUUUUUGCAUCAAUGGAGCUUGAUGGGUUAAACUGCAAGGUUUAAAACAUUUUUAUACAAGUAACAUGUAUGGUGGAUAAACUGUUUAAUUUUAAGUUGUGGCAGUCGUUGUUAAGCUUUUAGCGCAUGUUCUAUGUUUUAGAAUUUAAUAAACCCAU